AGGUUAUUCAGCAAAGAAAUGAAGAAUGUGAUCAUACUCAAUUUUUAAUUGAAGAAAAAGAGUCAAAAGAAGAAGAUUUUUAUGAAGACCUUGACAGAUUUGAAGAAAAUGGUACCCAGGAAUCACGCAUCAGCCCCUAUACCUUCUGCAAAGCUUUUCCUUUUCAUAUAAUAUUUGAUCGGGACCUCGUGGUCACUCAGUGUGGCAAUGCCAUAUACAGAGUGCUGCCCCAGCUCCAGCCUGGGAAUUGCAGCCUUCUGUCUGUCUUCUCUCUGGUUCGCCCACAUAUCGAUAUUAGUUUCCACGGGAUCCUUUCACACAUCAACACAGUUUUCGUCCUGAGAAGCAAGGAAGGACUGUUGGAUGUAGAGAAGUUAGAAUGUGAGGAUGAACUGACUGGUACUGAGAUCAGCUGCUUACGUCUGAAGGGUCAAAUGAUCUACUUACCUGAGGCAGACAGCAUACUUUUCCUGUGCUCACCAAGUGUGAUGAACCUGGAUGAUUUGACAAGGAGAGGGCUGUAUCUGAGUGACAUCCCUCUGCACGAUGCCACACGUGAUCUUGUUCUUUUGGGAGAACAAUUCAGAGAGGAAUACAAACUGACUCAAGAAUUGGAAAUCCUCACAGAUCGGCUGCAGCUCACACUGAGAGCCCUGGAAGAUGAAAAGAAGAAGACAGACACAUUGCUGUAUUCUGUCCUCCCUCCCUCCGUUGCCAAUGAGCUGCGACAUAAGCGUCCGGUCCCUGCCAAGAGGUAUGACAACGUGACCAUCCUCUUCAGUGGCAUCGUGGGCUUCAACGCUUUCUGUAGCAAGCACGCGUCCGGAGAGGGGGCCAUGAAGAUUGUCAACCUUCUAAACGACCUCUACACCAGAUUCGACACACUGACUGACUCUCGGAAAAAUCCUUUUGUUUACAAGGUGGAGACUGUUGGUGACAAAUAUAUGACAGUGAGUGGUUUACCAGAGCCUUGCAUUCACCAUGCACGAUCCAUCUGCCACCUGGCCUUGGACAUGAUGGAAAUUGCUGGCCAGGUCCAAGUAGAUGGUGAAUCUGUUCAGAUAACAAUCGGGAUACACACAGGCGAGGUCGUCACAGGUGUCAUAGGACAGCGGAUGCCUCGAUACUGUCUUUUUGGAAAUACUGUCAACCUCACGAGCAGAACAGAAACCACCGGAGAAAAGGGAAAAAUAAAUGUGUCUGAAUAUACCUACAGAUGUCUUAUGUCUCCAGAAAAUUCAGAUCCACAGUUCCAUUUGGAGCACAGAGGCCCAGUGUCCAUGAAGGGCAAAAAAGAACCAAUGAAAGUUUGGUUUCUGUCCAGAAAAAAUACAGGAACAGAGGAAAUAAAGCAGGAUGAUAACUAAAUUUGGGAUCUUGGGAUGAAGAAGACUGCAGUUCCAGCGAUCUCCUAACACGCCAAGGCCUAGAGAAAUUCUUCCCUCUGGAGAUAGAUUUUCCUUCGUUCCUGUCGAUUAUCCCAAGCCUGUUUCCUAGCCAUGUUUCUUGCUAUUCAUUAUUCAACUUUAGCUCUGCUUCUGAUGAUUUUUAAGGUUUUAGUAUAUUAGCUAACGUUUGCCUUUUGAUGUGGAGGAUGUGAGCUUUGUGUAUCUUAAAAUCUACUACAAGCAUCACCCAACGCGGUCAUCAGCAGGUCGUAGGCUCCCAGUCACUAUUUGUUAAAUUUAAUUAAACGAAACUGAACAGUAUUUGGCCAUGUGUACAUAUAUCAUGGUUUACCAGAUCUAUUCAGUGCUCCAUAUAUAUGUGUGUAUAUAUAUUUUAACGAAUAUUAUAUGUAACAAAGUUUUUAUCAUGUGGGUGUAUAUCAUUGUAGAAAUCAUUUUCUAGAGGAAUAAAUUCUAAGUCUUAGGGGGAAAAGGCAAUUUAUUUUCAGACUCCCGAAAUAAAAUUAAUGUCCAGUGCUAUGAAAGUUGUGACCAUUUUGAAGUAUGCUAAUUUCCCUUUGGACAUAUAGAAUACACAUUUCUGUUGUUAAAGUAUUUGGUUGCUCAUUCAAAUCAUGUGGCAGUUAUACGUCUUCUGAAACGGUCUCAUUUUUAUUGUAUCCUUUGUAUUAAAUCUCAUUAACCACACGCAGCUGUUGCACAAAGCUGUGUUCUUUCCCCUGAGCUGUCCCAUCAGCUUGGGCUGUUAGGGCCAUAUCCAAGAAUAAAGCUGAAAACACACUGCUGGGAUACUUCUGUUUGAAACAUUCUGGCCUUUUAUUUCCAGAAAUGGGCUUUCUUUUCUUAGCUUAGAAGAAUGUGGUUAUAUCCAGGACAUCAUGUUCAGAAGAAUUAGUUUAAUUUCAACAUCGAGUGCAUUAGUAUUAGAAUAAUUGGCCUUUGUUCUGAAGGGUAUCUGAUAAUUUAUUAAUAUAUAUCUUUAUAAAAGAGAGCGCAACUACUUUUGUGUAAAACUGUUUGUCUUUAAGUUGAAUUUCCCCUAUCAGCACUUCGAUAUAUGUAUAAAUGUUCCAUGUUAACGUGUAAAAGAAUUGGCAAUAAAUUAUUUUUCCAUUUGUCUCUAUACAGCUUUUAUUUCAAUAAAAAUAUUAACA